GACCAGCUCACUCUCCAAAACUGGAGAAGGCAGGCACAUCCAUUUUUCUGGCCCGUAAAAAAGAAAAAAAAAGAAAACAGGGAAAAAAAGCAAAAUUCAAACUUUUACUUUCCCCCUCUCUCCCCAAAUAAAGUUUUUCUCCCCUCUAUUGUUGGGGGGGAUUUUUCCACUGGGACUGUACAUUGGGACAUCUAUUUGUAUACAUGUAUACACACAAAGUAUACCUCAUGGAUUGGUACCUGCUCGGAUAUACCCUCUGCGUCUGGCUGUCCGGUUCAAGGGUGAUUGGAGGCUAUCCCAUCUGGUGGUCUUUGGCUCUGGGGCAGCAGUACUCCUCUCUGGGCUCGCAGCCCAUCUUGUGCGGCUCCAUCCCCGGCCUGGUGCCCAAACAGCUGCGCUUCUGCAGGAACUACAUCGAGAUCAUGCCCAGCGUGGCAGAGGGGGUAAAGCUGGGCAUCCAGGAAUGCCAGCACCAGUUCAGAGGCCGGCGCUGGAACUGCACCACCAUCGAGGACAACCUGGCCAUCUUCGGGCCCGUCCUGGACAAAGCGACCCGCGAGUCCGCCUUCGUCCACGCCAUCGCCUCGGCCGGCGUGGCCUUCGCCGUGACGCGCUCCUGCGCCGAGGGCACCUCCACCAUGUGCGGCUGCGACUCGCACCACAAGGGCCCCCCCGGCGAGGGCUGGAAGUGGGGGGGCUGCAGCGAGGACGCCGAGUUCGGGGUGCUGGUGUCCCGCGAGUUCGCCGACGCCCGGGAGAACCGCCCGGACGCCCGCUCCGCCAUGAACCGCCACAACAACGAGGCCGGUCGCACGACCAUCCUGGACCACAUGCACCUGCGCUGCAAGUGCCACGGGCUGUCGGGGAGCUGCGAGGUGAAGACCUGCUGGUGGGCGCAGCCCGACUUCCGCACCCUGGGCGACUUCCUGAAGGAUAAGUACGACAGCGCCUCCGAGAUGGUGGUGGAGAAGCACCGGGAGUCGCGCGGCUGGGUGGAGACGCUGCGGGCCAAGUACGCCUUCUUCAAGCACCCCACCGAGCGCGACCUGGUCUACUACGAGAGCUCGCCCAACUUCUGCGAGCCCAACCCCGAGACGGGCUCCUUCGGGACCCGGGACCGGAGCUGCAACGUGUCCUCGCACGGCAUCGAGGGCUGCGACCUGCUGUGCUGCGGGCGGGGCCACAACACGCGGACCGAGAAGCGCAAGGAGAAGUGCCACUGCAUCUUCCACUGGUGCUGCUACGUCAGCUGCCAGGAGUGCGUCCGCGUCUACGACGUGCACACCUGCAAGUGAGGGGAGGGCUGGCAGGGGAAGGAGGGUCGGACAAAAGGAACGAAAGCACUUCUGUUCUGGAAGAAACUCCGUCGGGAAACCCGCUCCGGGCCUCCGCGCGGGGCAUGCUCACGAGAAGCCCAGGCCCCUGUGUUGGUCAGACACACGGCUCCCCCAAUUGGAAGUUCACUGUUCAAAGGGGAGCGGCAACGAUAGUUUUAUAUUUCGGGGUUAGAGAGAAUCAGCACCGAUGGGGCGCCUUGCAGGCCGCCGUGAAAGUAAAAUGGACACAGUCACCUCCAAAUCACAUGAGAAGAUCCAAAAUUUCCAGGUAUGCGCAGCGCCGUGAUCUGCAAUUCAGAAAGAGGCAACAAAACCUAUGCCGAGGCGGAGGCCUUCUUACAGUGUAAACGAGCAGGCUUGGGAAUAUGUCUCUUUUAAUCCAAUGGAAAUAUUGCCCAACGUGUGUUGAGGGACGUUUUACAACCCGAGAUUUUUCGUUACGAUCUGUAGGGAAAUUCCUUGAACAAUCAAGGCCCUGCCAAUAACAAAGGUACAAAAAUUUAAAACUUGCCUGAUAUCAUAUAUUGAUAAUUAUUAUUGGCAUUGUUUUGUAAACAGAAAAAACCCAGCCUGUGUUACAAAUUAUGCUGUGAAAAGAAAGGUCUCUUGCAUUACUGAGAUCUGGUCUGAUUUACUGACUGGCAUGAAGUUGCUCACUUUUCAUUUUUCCCAGUCUAGAACAAAUGAGGGAUUAGAGAUUAAAGCACUGCACAGUCUGCAGGGUAUGCAUUGCUAUAUACUGUCCCAGAAAAAUUAUUAGGAAGCACUCUUUAAAGAUGGAUAAUUCACCAACAGAGGCAAUUCCAGCUGAAACAUAAUUAAUGGCAUAAAUUCCACUCGACUUCAAGAGAUAUUGGUCUACUCUGCCAAUAGCAACUGACAGCUCUCAGAGGUUCAGCAGUUACUUAGUUUAACCUCAAAUGAGCUUCCUGUUGGAACAGCAGCCUGCAAUCCACAGAGUCUGUCGGAAUUGACACAUUAGGCAGGUCUGCUGUUGCCUUCAACCAUACACCAGAAUAUGGACUCCUAAGCAUGCCUUUUAUAAAGUCAGUUACAUUCUUUCCCAUAGCACUGUAUACAAAGGUAAAGGCCUAGACUGCUGCUAAUUUUACAGUCCUUAAGAAUCAUAGGACAUAAAACACGAAGGGCCUAUGGAUUUUAACACUGCAUACCAUUCUCAAAUAAUUUAAGGCAGCAUAUAAUACGCUAUAAUAUAAUGUUAAGAAAUUUCAUCCUGAAAACUUAACAGGACCUUGGCCACUGAUGUCUCAUGUGGCUUCUGCAUUUGCGAUCAGUGUCCUCUGCACCAGUUAUGUGUCCCUAUGGCUUGUUUUAUGUCAAAUGUAAUGUAUGCAUGGACUACAAUGUUGCAUCUCAAAGCUACAAUGUGGAACACAAUCCAUGCAGGUUUGGACUGGUUUUUGCAUUCCCAUUUACUAAUAUGAAUGUGCACAACACAUCCUGGACCUCCCAGUACGUUUACUUUUGUUCUUCCACUUGUAGGCUUGCACUGAAAAGCGCGUUCACUGAGAGGCACAGGAAAAGCAGACAAUAUUAAAAGUGAGGAGCUGUACAGUGACACACAGGGCAGGAAACAGGAAGUGAGAAAGGGGGAUUACUUUAAGAAUGGGCAACCCAACACAUGCUGCUCCUUUUCGGACUCUCCUGACAACCUGCCAAGAGGAGCCUGUUUCUUGGCUGGAGGUUACAGUAACAAACUAACAGCUGUUAGGUCCUUCAGCCCAGUCUCCCAAGGUUCCCAAAGAAGCAGGUGCAACAUAAUGAGACAGCAAGCUGUUCUCUGCACCCACCACUCUCAGCACACAUGCAAUGGGCUACAGAGAUCUUGGUGAGCUACGUACAGUAUGUCUGAGAGUAAGGUGUGCCCGCACAGAGGAUCAGGUUCACUAGUCUACCGACUGAGGAACCUAACAGGGUUUUUACCAGAACAUGUUCAAACCAACCUGCACGCUUAAUAUUAAUUAUAUUUAACAACAAGUUACAAGUGUAGUGUAGGCAUUUAUUCUUUGACAUAGCCUGGAACCUGUAGCAUCCACUUAAAACAUCUCUUUGACCAUUAUCUUUAUGAUUUAUGGGGGGGGAGUUUCAUUGUUUGUUGCUAUAUCCAAAGUUUUGUACAAAGUUUUUAAAGUUAAUAAUUCCCUUUUUAUUUUAUAAUCUGAAAAUGCUAUGUUUUUAUAAAUAUUAUUUAUUAUACAAUGUAUAUACCUGUAUG